AUGGUGGAGCGGGUAGCUGGGGCUGAAACAAGGAGAUACGGUGUAUUUGCGGUUUGCGGGGUGGCGGCCAAGACAUGCGCGCUGUGCGGCACGGCUGUGGCCAAGGAGGUGAGCAAGAAGAAGUACGACGGAGGGUGGUAUCACAGGACGUGCUUUGUGUGCUCGGUCUGCGGUAAGGGUCCAUCCAAGAAGGCUAUGCGUGUCUCGGGCGGUGCCUUUUUCUGCAAACGCCAUCUCAAGGCUCAUCUCAAGGCUAAUCCCGACGCAGUCGACGAGACCAAGCCAUGGGAGGAGCUAGCCCCGGCGCCGGCAUCAUCGUCGGCUAACGGAGCCAGCGGCGCCCACGGAAAGAAGAAGGCCAAAAAGGGCAAGUCGGAGGGUGAGGCUGCCGCGGAUGCUGCUGCUGCUGCGCCCGACGCUGCAGGCUGCGAGCCUGUUGUCUGUGGCUGGCUGACCAAGCAAGGCCAUCUGCGGAAGAGCUGGAGGCGGCGGUGGUUUGUGCUUGCGGCCGACUCGGAGCUCUCGUAUUAUGCCGAGGACGACGGCACCGCUGCGCCCAAGGGAAGCUUCAACAUCGCCGAGGGAGCCACACUUGCUGCCGCCGAGAUCAAGAACCACCCGCACGCGUUCAAACUGACGUCUGCUGAGGGCAAGGCUUUCCUCAUCUCUGCCGACUCUGCCGAAGAGUAUGACAAGUGGAUUGCUGCGCUCAAUGACAAGUGGAUUGCUGCGCUCAACGAGCACUGCGCAUCGUCGACCAUUAAUGAUCCGGCUGAGCCCGCCACUCCGUCCGACGCGAGUGGAGACGACGACGAUGCCGAGCCCGAACCCGAGUCUGAGGUCGCAGCCGAGCCCGAGCCCCAACCUGCAGCCGAGCCCGAGUCUGAGGCCGCAGCUGCACCUGAGCCCGAGUCUGAGGCCGCAGCUGCACUCGAGCCCGAGCCCGAGGCCACAGCCGAGCUGGAGCCUCAAGCUGCAGCCGAGCCUGAAGUCGCAACCGAGCCCAAGCCCACCCUCAAACCCGAGGCUGCACCGGCAAUUACGACGACGGCCGUGUCCGAGUCAGACUCUUCGUCAGACGACGAGUCGGAUGACGAUUACGCCAUCGGGCAGGUGCUCGACGUGCGGAUCAAGCAGUCCCGACUGCAGUACCUGGUGACCUUCAAGGGCUUUCCGGACCAGCCUCCGUUUUGGGAGUUUGCCGACGACCUUGACGCCGAAGACGCCAUCCGGCACUUUAACCUUCGCGUCUCGUCCGACUACAAGCGGCGGCGAUCAUCGGUCUCGAUGUCCAUCGACGACUGGGAGAUGCUCGGUGAGCUGGGCCGCGGUGCCUUUGGGCGGGUCGACCUCGCCAAGAAGCGUGACGACCGGUCAUCCAAGCCAAACCUUUACGCCAUCAAGACCAUUUCCAAGAAGAGCAUCGUCGAUAAGGACGAGCUCGAGCACACCCAGACCGAGGCCGUCGUCCUGCGGACGUUGCGCCAUCCCGCGCUUGUUCGCAUGCACCUCGCUUUCCAGACGGCAGCAGACCUGCACUUUGUCAUGGAGUACGUCGAGGGUGGCGAUCUUGUUGACCACUGGAAGGCAGCCGGCAAGUUUGACGAGGCGAGCACGCAGUUCUACGCCGCAGAGGUUCUUGCCGGCCUCGAUCACCUCCACCAGCACGGCAUCAUCCACCGCGACGUCAAGCUGGAGAACCUCCUGCUCGACUCCUCGGGUCACGUCAAGAUCUGCGACUUUGGGCUGGCCAAGGGCGGACUUGCUGGAGGACAGACAACCCGCACUCUCUGCGGCACCUUUUCAUGCCUUGCUCCCGAGGUUGUGCUCGGUGAGGCCUACGGCCAGGCUGUCGACAUCUGGGGUCUUGGCGUCGUCAUGUACCAGAUGAUCACCGGCGAGCUGCCGUUCCCGGCCUCGGACCGUAAUGAGCUCUUCAACGAGAUCCUCAACAACGAGGUGAGCCUGCCUGACGAUGUGUCGCCGGCGGCGGCCGACCUCAUUGUGCACGCUCUCCCGCCGCCGCUUGUCCCGCCCAAGGCAUCGGCCAAAGCGCGCCGACCGUCGAUUGGUCUCGACACCGGCAACGAGACCGGUGAUCUGCCCGAGGGCAUGGAUGUGGUCUUCAAGAAGCUGCGGUUCACCUUUGCUGCCGACGACUUUGACAAGAUGGGCUGGACAGCUGAUGUGACCGACAACCUGUAA